AUGGACGUGGACGUUAACGUAGACGUGGACGUGGACGUGGACAUGGACGUGGACGUGGACGUGGACGUGGACGUGGAUAUGGACGUGGACAUGGACGUGGACAUAGACGUGGACGUGGACAUGGACGUGGACGUGGACAGGGACGUGGACGUGGAUGUCGACAUGGACGUGGACGUGGACGUGAACGUGGACGUGGACGUGGACGUGAACGUGGACGUGGACGUGGACGUGGAUGUGGACGUGGACAUGGACGUGGACGUGGACAUGGACGUGGACGUGGACGUGGACGUGGACGUGGCCGUGGCCGUGGACGUCGACAUGGACGUGGACGUGGACGUGUACGCGGACGUGGACAUGGACAUGGAUGUGGACGUGGACGUGGACGUGGACGUGGACAUGGACGUCGACGUGGACGUGGACGUAGACAUGGACGUGGAAGUGGACAUGGACGUGGACGUGGACGUGGACAUGGACGUGGACGUAGACGUGGACGUGGACAUGGACGUGGACGUGGACGUGGACAUGGACGUGGACAUGGACGUAGACGUGGACAUGCACGUGGACGUGGACGUGGACGUAGACGUGGACGUGGACAUGGACCUGGAUGUGGAGGUGGACGUGGAUGUGGACGUGGACAUGGACAUGGACCUGGACAUGGACAUGGACGUGGACAUAGACGUGGACAUGGACGUGGACGUGGACGUGGACAUUGUCGUGGACGUGGACAUUGUCUUGGACGUGGUCGUGGACGUGGACGUGGUCAUGGACGUCGACGUGGACGAAAUGGUCGUGGACGUGGACGUGGACGUGGACAUGGACGUGGACGUGGACGUGGACGUCGACGUGGAGGUGGACGUGGACGUGGACGUGGUCGUGGACGUGGACGUGGACGUGGUCGUGGACGUGGACGUGGACGUGGACGUGGACAUGGUCGUGGAUGUGGACGUGGAGGUGGACGUGGACGUGGACAUGGACGUGGACGUGGACAUGGACGUGGACGUGGACGUGGACGUGGACGAUGACAUGGACGUGGACAUGGACGUGGACGUAGACGUGGACAUGGACGUGGACGUGGACGUGGACAUGGACGUGGACGUGGACGUGGACGUGGACGUGGACAUGCACGUGGACGUGGACGUGGACGUGGAUGUGGACCUGGACGUGUACGUGGAUGUGGACGUGGACAUGGACGUGGACAUGGACAUGGAAGUGGACGUGGACAUAGACAUGGACAUGGACGUGGACGUGGAUGUGGACAUUGUCUUGGACGUGGACGUGGACGUGGACGUGGACGUGGUCGUGGACGUCGACGUGGAUGAAGUGGUCGACGUGGACGUGGACAUUGUCGUGGACGUGGACGUGGACGAGGACGUGAACGUGGACGUUGACAUGGAUGUAGACGUGGACGACGUGGACGUGGACGUGGACGGGGACGUGGACGUGGAGAUUGACGUGGACAUGGACGUGGACGUGGACGUGGACGUGGACAUGGACGUGGACGUGGACAUGGACGUGGACGUGGACGUGGACGUGGACGUGGACGUGGACAUGGACGUGGACGUGGACGUGGACAUGGACGUGAACGUGGACAUGGACGUGGACGUGGACGUGGACAUGGACGUGGACGUGGACGUGGACGACUUGGACGUGGACAUGGACGUGGACGUUAACGUGGACGUGGACGUGGACGUGGACGUGGACAUGGACGUGGACGUGGACGUGGACGUGGAUAUGGACGCGGACAUGGACGUGGACAUGGACGUGGACGUGGACAUGGACGUGGACGUGGACAGGGACGUGGACGUGGAUGUCGACAUGGACGUGGACGUGGACGUGAUCGUGGACGUGGACGUGAACGUGGACGUGGACGUGGACGUGGACGUGGACAUGGACGUGAACGUGGACAUGGACGUGGACGUGGACGUGGACGUGGCCGUGGACGUCGACAUGGACCUGGACGUGGACGUUGGACGUGGCUGGGACGUGGACGUGGACGUGGACAUAGACGUGGAUGUGGACGUGGACGUGGAGAUGGACGUGGACGUGGACGUGGACAUGGACGUGGACGUAGACGUGGACGUGGACAUGGACGUGGACGUGGACGUGGACGUAGACGUGGACAUGCACGUGGACGUGGACGUGGACGUGGACGUGGACGUGGACAUGGACCUGGACGUGGACGUGGAUGUGGACGUGGACAUGGACGUGGACCUGGACAUGGACGUGGACGUGGACAUAGACGUGGACAUGGACGUGGAUGUGGACAUGGACAUGGAAGUGGACGUGGACAUAGACGAGGACAUGGACGUGGACGUGGACGUGGACAUUGUCUUGGACGUGGACGUGGACGUGGACGUGGACGUGGACGUGGUCGUGGACGUCGACGUGGACAUGGACGUGGACGUGGACGUGGACAUGGACGUGAACGUGGACAUGGACGUGGACGUGGACGUGGACAUGGACGUGGACGUGGACGACUUGGACGUGGACAUGGACGUGGACGUUAACGUGGACGUGGACGUGGACGUGGACGUGGACGUGGACGUGGACAUGGACGUGGACGUGGACGUGGAUAUGGACGUGGACAUGGACGUGGACAUGGACGUGGACGUGGACAUGGACGUGGACGUGGACAGGGACGUGGACGUGGAUGUCGACAUGGACGUGGACGUGGACGUGAUCGUGGACGUGGACGUGGACGUGGACGUGGACGUGGACAUGGACGUGGACAUGGACGUGGACGUGGACGUGGCCGUGGCCGUGGACGUCGACAUGGACGUGGACGUGGACGUGUACGUGGACGUGGACAUGGACAUGGAUGUGGACGUGGACGUGGACAUGGACGUAGACGUGGACGUGGACGUGGACGUGGAAGUGGACAUGGACGUGGACGUGGACGUGGACAUGGACGUGGACGUAGACGUGGACGUGGACAUGGACGUGGACGUGGACGUAGACGUGGACAUGCACGUGGACGUGGACGUGGACGUGGACGUGGACGUGGACAUGGACCUGGACGUGGAUGUGGACGUGGACAUGGACGUGGACCUGGACAUGGACGUGGACGUGGACAUAGACGUGGACAUGGACGUGGACGUGGACGUGGACAUUGUCGUGGACGUGGACAUUUUCUUGGACGUGGACGUGGACGUGGACGUGGUCAUGGACGUCGACGUGGACGAAGUGGUCGUGGACGUGGACGUGGACGUGGACAUGGACGUGGACGUGGACGUGGACGUCGACGUGGACGUGGACGUGGUCGUGGACGUGGACGUGGACGUGGUCGUGGACGUGGAGGUGGACGUGGACGUGGACGUGGACGUGGACAUGGUCGUGGACGUGACCGUGGACGUGGAGGUGGACGUGGACGUGGACAUGGACGUGGACGUGGACAUGGACGUGGACGUGGACGUGGACGUGGACGUCGACAUGGACGUGGAUGUGGACAUGGACGUGGACGUGGACGUGGACGUGGACAUGGACGUGGACGUGGAUGUCGACGUGGACGUGGACGUGGUCGUGGACGUGGACGUGGACAUGGACGUGGACGUGGUCGUGGACGUGGACGUGGACGUGGACAUGUACGUGGUCGUGGACGUGGACGUGGACGUGUACGUGGACGUGGACGUGGACGUGGACGUGGACAUGGAAGUGGACGUGGACGUGGACGUGGACAUAGAAGUGGACGUGGACGUGGACGUGGACGUGGACGUGGACAUGGACGUGGUCUUGGACGUGGACGUGGACGUGGACGUGGUCGUGCACGUGGACGUGGACAUGGACGUGGUCGUGGACGUGGACGUGGACGUGGACGUGGACGUGGACAUGGACGUGGUCGUGGACGUAGACGUGGACGUGGACAUGGACGUGGACGUGGACGUAGACGUGGACAUGCACGUGGACGUGGACGUGGACGUGGACAUGGACCUGGACGUGGACGUGGAUGUGGACGUGGACAUGGACGUGGACCUGGACAUGGACGUGGACGUGGACAUAGACGUGGACAUGGACGUGGACGUGGACGUGGACAUUGUCGUGGACGUGGACAUUUUCUUGGACGUGGACGUGGACGUGGACGUGGACGUGGUCAUGGACGUCGACGUGGAGGAAGUGGUCGUGGACGUGGACGUGGACAUGGACAUGGACGUGGACGUGGACGUGGACGUCGACGUGGACGUGGACGUGGUCGUGGACGUGGACGUGGACGUGGACGUGGUCGUGGACGUGGAGGUGGACGUGGACGUGGACGUGGACGUGGACAUGGUCGUGGACGUGGACGUGGACGUGGAGGUGGACGUGGACGUGGACAUGGACGUGGACGUGGACAUGGACGUGGACGUGGACGUGGACGUGGACGUGGAUGUGGACAUGGACGUGGACGUGGACGUGGACGUGGACAUGGACGUGGACGUGGACGUGGACGUCGACGUGGACGUGGACGUGGUCGUGGACGUGGACGUGGACAUGGACGUGGACGUGGUCGUGGACGUGGACGUGGACGUGGACGUGGACAUGGAAGUGGACGUGGACGUGGACGUGGACAUAGAAGUGGACGUGGACGUGGACGUGGACGUGAACAUGGACGUGGACGUGGACGUGGACGUGGACGUCGACGUGGACGUGGACGUGGACAUGGACAUGGACCUGGACGUGGACGUGGACAUGGACAUGGACAUGGACGUGGACGUGGACGUGGUCGUGGACGUGGACGUGGACGUGGACAUGGACGUGGACGUGGACGUGGACGUGGACGUGGUCGUGCACGUGGACGUGGACGUGGACAUGGACGUGGUCGUGGAUGUGGACGUGGACGUGGACGUGGACGUGGACGUGGUCGUGCACGUGGACGUGGACGUGGACGUGGACGUGGACAUGGACAUGGACGUGGUCGUGGAUGUGGACGUGGACGUGGACGUGGACGUGGUCGUGCACGUGGACGUGCACGUGGACGUGGACGUGGACGUGGACAUGGACGUGGUCGUGGAUGUGGACAUGGACGUGGACGUGGACGUGGACGUGAUCGUGCACGUGGACGUGCACGUGGACGUGGACGUGGUCGUGGACGUGGACGUGGACGUGGACGUGGACGUGGACGUGGACAUGGACGUGGACGUGGACGUGGACGUGGACGUGGACGUGGACGUGGACGUGGACAUGGACGUGGACGUGGACGUGGACGUGGACAUGGACGUGGUCGUGGAUGUGGACGUGGACGUGGACGUGGACGUGGACGUGGACGUGGACGUGGACGUGGACAUGGACGUGGUCGUGGACGUAGACGUGGACGUGGUCGUGGACGUGGACGUUGACGUGGACGUGGACGUGGUCGUGGACGUGGACGUGGACGUGGUCGUGGACGUGGACGUGGACUUGGACAUGGACGUGGACGUGGACGUGGACAUGGACGUGGACGUGGACGUGGACAUGGACGUGGACGUGGACGUGGACGUGGAAAUGGACGUGGACGUGGACGUGGACGUGGACGUAGACGUGGACGUGGAUGUGGACGUGGACGUGGACGUGGACAUGGUCGUGGACGUGGACGUGGACGUGGUCGUGGACGUGGACGUGGACGUGGACGUGGACAUGGACGUGGACGUGGACGUGGACGUGGACGUUGUCGUGGACGUGGACGUGGACGUGGACGUGGUCGUGGACGUGGACGUGGACGUGGACAUGGACGUGGACGUGGACGUGGACGUGGACAUAAAAAGGACGUGA